GACUAUCGAACGAAUCUUCUGCAGGCGGAGUAGAAAAAAGGAAGAUGACCCAUAUCUUCUUUUUCCUGUUUAUUCUACUACUGAUUUCUGUUGAAGCUGAAUCGCAAGAAAAUGCAGUUGCAUCGUCAGCAGGAACACAUUUAGUGGAUAUAUCCGAAGACUUUGAGCUAUACGAAAUCAGCGAAUAUGUCGAUCCUGUAACUAAAAAUUAUCACUGUACAGUUACAAAUUCUAACAAAAACAUAACUUUUGUUCCUGAUCCUGCAAUUCUAAAAUACUUGGAUGAAAAUGGACCCUUAUCUGUUCGUCCCAAGAAGCAUUAUUAUCAGGUACGACAAAUACGUAAAAAAUUGUGUCAAUUUGGCUUCGAUCCAUUUCGUGUUGAAAAAAAACCAGGUUCCAUUCAUAAGCGAUACAAAAAUAAUCUGCGAUUGAUGAUUUAUAAUACACCAGGAAUGUUUCCUAAUUUGAAAGUUGUCAGGAAUGAUCUUGAUCGAAAACGAAAACGAGAACCGCAAAUUUGGUUGAGAUUCGAAGUCACCACUGGACCUUUAACGGCUGAAUUUGAUUAUGAUAAUUAUUGUAUCUUAAUUGCUGGUGAUCUAGCUAGAAUCCAGGCAUUUUCAAAGAUGCUUGUAGCUGUGAAAUUGCACAAGAGAUUAAAUAAUUUCAAGGACUCUGUAACAUACAAGAUUAAUUUGGAUCUGGGAAUCGUAGACGUGAUUCUUUCAACAUUUGGUUUCUGGAUGAUGAGGGACAAAACAGUGAUAACACUUAUGAUAAAUGCACUCAAUGGGAUUCGAACAGAAGUGACAGAAAAUGGGGAUGUUAAACUCGAAUUUGAGGAAUCUUUCAAAGAAGCCACUGAUAAAAUAGAUCCAAAUCUCUAUUCAUACAUCUGGAUUUUAUCUAUGGCAGAAAAAUUCGAGAUUAUAAGGAUUGGAAACAAUUCGAAAAAUACAACAUUACAAACAACCACUGUAAAUCCAAAUCCAACGGAAUUAAAAAGCAGUGUUAAAUUCUGAACAUUUCAAUUUUAGAGUAAGCAUCAUUUGUUAAAUAUGUA